ACCCGAAAUGUGACGCUAUGCCUGUUUUCUUUCAUAAGCUAGUGUCGCUAUGUUUCUGUAGGCCAGUCGUUGAUUCUGAUACAUGUUGCAACUUUUGGGAAUGUUAAACCUGAACCACCCCCGAGUGCUUUCACUUUCGAGUGGAAACUUUGGCUCCGUCCGUGCGUCCUUGGUUCUGGUUGAGGCUGAUCUGGAGUCCAUCCUCUGUUGCCGUGAUGAAGCGCACAUCAGUAGUCGUCAUGGUUGCAAUGUGGUCAUUGUGUGCAAUGGCUUCUAGUAAUUCUUUGAGGUCCAAUUGCACGGCUGACCAUGACCACAGCCGUGUCACCUGUGACGUAGACUACACCAGCAUAACAGUCGACUCGUGCGAAUUCCAGAAGUGCUACAUCGACCACUGCUACAACCCAUAUGUGGAGGUCACAUACAAGGUGCUGAGCUACCAGACUGGAAGAGAUACCCUUGUCUUGGAUUUGCCCCGUGGUGUUGCCAUCAACCACCAGGGGGAGACAAAGUGCAACUUCACCCUCCACACCAGCUGUGGCUCCACUAAGACCACGUUCACACUCUCAUCUCCCAAUCAAGACACCACAGCUGCAGGGCCUCCAGAUCUGCUGGAGCUGAAAAAUAAUAGUCCUGAGCCCAACCCUAAGGUUCCACAGGCCCCCUACACCAUGUCAUCCCCUGCCAAGGCCAUGCUUGGCACUGGGGUCACGGUGAUCAUCAUCGGAACCUUCUUCAUCAUCAUCAAGAUGAAGACCAGGUGGAGGCGGCCGAGGAGGAGGAGGAGGGGAGGUGAAAAAGAAGGUGGAGAGGAGGAGAAGAGGAUAGAGGCAGGGGAGAAAACGCAUGAUGAAGACCAAGUGGAGGUGUCAGAGGAGAGGAGGAGGAGAGGAGGUGAAGGAGAAGGUGGAGACUGUGGGGAGCAACAGGAGGUGAAGUUUAACAUCACCAUAGAAAAUGAAGCACGUUGAGGAGGUGGAGAGGAGGUCGCGAAGGAAGUAGAGGUGGAGUGUACCAGUGAUCUCUUGUGGUUUGACGCUAAUAGUACCAUUAAUGGUACCAGUGCUAAUCUGUGCUAAUCAUGUCAAUCUAAGUACUGAUUACACUGAGUAGAAUAUACUGAGUAGAGAACGAUAUGCACAUUCAUGGUUAAUAUGUGGAAAUCCGGUAAAUAUGUGAAAAUCAAAAAAAGGGUGGCCUGUUCCUUUAACUGACAUUGAGAAGGUGGACCCAACAUCAUCAUCAGGAGAUGGGGACACAAGUAACUGUGGAUGAAGAAAUAUUGAGGAGGAGAGGAGAAACAGAGGUAACUGCCCAUGAGGAAUCUGGAUGGACUGUGGAGAGCAUCACCUGUAGACCUGUAUUGAGCCUUGCCUGCCACACACACACACACACACGCACGCACGCACACACACACACACACACACACACACACACACACACACACACACACACACACACACACACACACACACACACACACACACACACACACACACACACACACACACACACACACACACACACACACACACUGUAGCCUUUCAUUCAAGCUCAGGACACUAAGGAAUGUCUGCUUACCAGUUUCUGUGUAAUAUUUGAUAGCAGGAGGAGACUGAUUUCCAAACUCUACCUUUAGUUAGUGAUGUUUAAAAAUUUUGUUAGGAAUUGUCCAUGGACAAUGCAUCUAUUUCAUUAGGAAAUAAUUUAUGUAAGUAAAUUUAUAAAAUUAAAAAUAAAUUCAU